AUCUGGCUAAUGAGCUCAUAUCUGCCUCAUCAUGUCUGAUCUCAAUAACUCUGAAGUCAAGUUUUUCCUUCUGAUUGGGAUCCCAGGACUGGAACAUGCCCACAUCUGGUUCUCCAUCCCCAUUUGCCUCAUGUACCUGGUUGCCAUCAUGGGCAACUGCACCAUUCUCUUUAUCAUAAAGGCAGAGCCCUCGCUUCAUGAGCCCAUGUAUUAUUUCCUUGCCAUGUUGGCUGUCUCUGACAUGGGCCUGUCCCUCUCCUCCCUUCCUACCAUGCUGAGGGUCUUCUUGUUCAACACCAUGAGAAUUUCACCAAAUGCCUGCUUGGCCCAAGAAUUCUUCAUUCAUGGAUUCUCUGUCAUGGAAUCCUCAGUACUUCUAAUUAUGUCUUUGGAACGCUUUCUUGCUAUUUGCAAUCCCUUAAGAUACAGUUCUAUCAUCACUAGCAACAGGGCUGCUAAAAUGGGACUUAUUUUAGCCAUUAGGAGCAUUCUCUCAGUGCUUCCAUUUCCCAUCACCCUAAGGAGAUUAAAAUAUUGUCAAAAGAAUCUUCUUUCUCACUCAUACUGUCUUCAUCAAGAUACCAUGAAGCUGGCCUGCUCUGACAACAAGAUCAAUGUCAUCUAUGGCUUAUUCAUUGGUUCCUGUAUUAUGCUGGACUUGGCAUUGAUUCUUUUGUCUUAUGUGCUGAUCAUGAAGACUGUACUCAGCAUUGCAUCUUUGGCAGAGAGGCUUAAGGCCCUAAAUACCUGUGUCUCCCACAUUUGUGCUGUGCUCACCUUCUAUGUGCCCAUCAUCACCCUGGCUGCCGUGUACCGCUUUGCCAAGCACAAAAGUCCUUUUGCUGUAAUCGUUAUUGCAGAUAUGUUCUUGUUGGUGCCACCCAUUAUGAACCCCAUUGUGUAUUGUGUAAAGACUCGACAAAUCUGGGAGAAGAUCUUGGAGAAGUUGCUUCACAUAUGUGGGAAAUAAGAAUGUGAAUAAUUAGGUAAUAAAUUAUCAACCGGUAAGCAUUUACUGGCAUUUGCUAUGUGUU